GUCCCGUUUCCAUAACUCUCCUUCCUCCUCGCGGAAACAGAUGAAUUCGUACACUAAUGGUAAUGGCGGCAAAGACCUCAAAUUCUUGUUUCAAGUAAUGGCAGCAACAACGGCUCCUGAGUUGGGAAUGGCGACACCAGAUCUGUGCGUUCGCUCUUCUCCAAGGAUUAGCAUUGAAAGCUUUCAAGUUUCAAUUAGGGUUUCCAGAUUUGAAGGAGAGCUUCGAAUAAGAAGGCUGCCAUGGAAUACUCCUUUUAUCCAACACCAACAGGUAAGGCCAAGAGAAAAAUAGUACCACAUUGACAGGUCAGACAUGCAAAGAUGAAGCUGAAGAAGCUCUUGAAUAACCAAGGAAUGUUUUUUCAUUCUGGGUGUAGGUGUUAUACUCUUUAUGACAUAUACAAGGAGUUCUCAUCCAUGGGCAGUGGAUCUUCUGACCUUGAUGGAAAGGCCAUUCCCUCUGUAGAUGUGGUUAAUGAAGAAUACCUGAGAAAAGAGGAUGGUGCAAAAGCAGGAGUGGAGGAUAUUUGUUGCAUUUUAAUGAGUGACGCAUGGGGACCCGUGUUAGAAAGUAAUUUAUUAAAGAUGGCUGAGAAACAUCAACCAGAUUUGGUCAUUGGAGUCUUAAAGAGGCUGAAAGAUGUCAAAUUAGCAAUAAACUAUUUCCGGUGGGUUGAAAAGGAAACAAAUCAAGUUCACAGUCCAGAAGCAUAUGAUUCCUUGCUGAGGAUAAUGAGUAGCAGUAAAAAAUUUGAAAGCAUGGAGCAGAUUCUGGAGGAAAUGAGCCUCUGUGGUUAUAGUCCCUCAAAUAACACUUGCAUUCAGUUAGUUGACAGCUAUGUCAAAUUUGGGAUGCUAAUGGAGGCAUUCUACUUGUUACAAACUAUGUGGAAGCUCAAUUUCCAUCCUGCAUUUUCAGCUUAUACAACCCUUAUUGGUGCUAUGGCUGGGGUUCAGGAACCUGAUCUUGCACUAACUCUCUUUCGUCAAAUGCAGGAGAUUGGGUAUAAAGUGAAUGUGCAUUUGUAUACGACUCUAAUUCGAGUUUUUGCAAAGGAAAACCGGAUGGAUGUAGUUUUUUGCUUAUUGGAUGAAAUGAAGAACAACUCCUUCAAAGCAGAUGUUGUUCUGUACAAUGUCUGCAUAGACUGUUUUGGCAAAGUAGGCCAGGUUGAUUUGGCCUGGAAAUUCUUCAAGGAAAUGAAAGCCAAAGGUAUCAUUCCUGAUGAUGUUACCUAUUCUAGCAUGAUAGGUGCUCUUUGCAAAGCUAAUAGACUGGAUGAAGCUGUGAAACUAUUUGAGCAGAUGGAGUUGAACAGGAAUGUUCCAUGUGCAUAUGCUUGUAACACCAUGAUCAUGGGAUAUGGUUCUGCUGGAAGGUUCAGUGAGGCCUAUGAGCUACUUGAGAAGCAGAAAGAGAAGGGUUGCAUUCCCAGUGUAAUUGCAUAUAAUUGCAUCCUUACUUGUCUUGCAAAGAAGGGCAAAGUUAACGAGGCUUGUAAUAUAUUUGAAGAAAUGAAAAAAUAUGCAGUGCCCAAUCUAUCAACCUAUAAUAUUCUCAUAGGCAUGCUUUGUGAGGUGGGGAAACUUGAGGCUGCUUUUGAUCUUCGGGACUCCAUGGAAAUAGCUGGUAUAUUUCCUAACUUGCUGACCAUGAACAUAAUGGUUGACAGGCUUUGUAAGGCUCAAAAGUUGGAUGAAGCUUGGAGUAUCUUUGAAAGCAUGGAUCAGAAGGGUUGCAUGCCAAAUGUGGUAACAUUUUGUUCUAUGAUAGAUGGGUUGGGUAGGCAAGGUAAGGUUGAUGAUGCUUACAGAUUGUUUGAGAGAAUGUUGGAUGUAGGUGGGAUCCCAAAUGCUAUUAUUUAUACAUCCCUCAUUAGAAAUUUCUUCAAGUCUGGCAGGAAGGAAGAUGGACAUAGAAUCUACAAAGAAAUGAUUGAUAGAGGAAUUCCUCCUGAUCUGACACUUCUUAAUACCUACAUGGAUUGUGUCUUGAAGACAGGUGAUACUGGCAAAGGCAAGGCUUUGUUUGAGGAAAUCAAAGCCAGGGGGUUCCUUCCAAAUGUGUGGAGCUACUCUAUUUUAAUUCAUGGCCUUGUGAAAGCUGGCCAUGCAUCAACAACCUAUGAGUUGUAUCACUCCAUGAAAGAACAGGGUUGUAUUCUUGACACACUUGCUUACAAUACUGUCAUUGACGGGCUUUACAAGUCAGGUAAUGUAGAAAAAGCUUACCGGCUGCUGGAGGAAAUGAAGACAAAGGGUUACCAACCCACAGUGGUUACAUAUGGAUCAGUCAUUCAUGGGCUUUCCAAGACUGACAGGCUUGAUGAAGCAUACAUGCUCUUUGAAGAAGCAAAAUCAGGAGUUGGCAUAAAUGUAGUAAUGUAUAACAGUCUUAUUGAUGGUUUUGGAAAGGUCGGUAGAAUAGAUGAGGCAUAUCUUAUCAUGGAAGAGUUGAUCCACAAGGGAUUGACACCUAAUGUGUACACAUGGAACUGCCUUCUUGAUGCCUUAGUGAAGGCAGAGGAAAUUAAUGAAGCCCUUGUCUGCUUUCAGUCCAUGAAAGACCUUAAAUGCACCCCAAAUGCCAUCACUUACAGCAUUAUCAUAAAUGGUCUCUGUUGUGUUCGAAAGGUUAACAAAGCAUUUGUCUUUUGGCAAGAGAUGCAGAAGCAGGGGUUAAACCCUAAUGCAAUCACCUAUAACACCAUGAUUUCUGGACUUGCAAAGGCUGGGAACAUAGAGGAGGCUGAUCGGAUUUUUAAGAGAUUCAAAGCAAGUGGAGGUGUACCUGACUCUGUUAGUUAUAAUACUAUAAUAGAAGGAUUGAGCAAUGCCAAUAGGGCAAUGGAUGCAUAUGCAGUUUUAGAGGAGACCCGGAUUAAAGGUUGUAAAAUCUGUCCAAGGGCAUGUCUUGUGCUUUUAGAAGCAUUGCAGAGGGCUGAAUGCAUUGAAGAGACAGCAGUUGUGAAUGCUAUUUUAAAGGAAACAGAAAAGUCCCAGCAAGACUUGAGGUUCUUGUAUGAUAUAGGGUGAAGUUUCUCUGAUACUGUGAUACACAUGGCAGAAAAUGGGUGUCUGUUGGCUAGCUGACAAGGUUAUUCUCCAACAUAUUGAUGACGAUAUCAACUGCAUGCUGCAUACUCUUCUCUAGUGGGCCUAUAUUUUCAACUCUAUCUAGGGUUGAGGUGUCUCCCUGUUGAAGUAUCUUCUACCUAUUAAGGUAGAACGUGGGAGCUAAUGCAAGCUUUACAAACUUCACUACCUAUGCUUAUCAAGCUGGUCCUAGCCAUUGUUAGGCUCUCUUUGGUGCUUUUCUUCUUGUGGUUUCUGGCAUAUCAUUAUUUUUUCUUAAAAGAUAGGUUCAAGAUUGGUUGAUUAUGAUACCUCAGGAUCUUCCCUGCAGUACAGAGACAGAAGUUCAUCAUUCUAAAAUUUCACAUGAAGGAGCUGACCUACAUCAAACUUGACCCAAUUUUUUGGAUGAUCCAUGAUCAUCUCAGCAAAUAAAGCAUGGGUAAUGUGUGUAAAGAGCCUCUUGCACCGUGAUUCUUGUGUUUCAACAAGGCAAAUCUAUCAGUUGUAUAGUCUUAGAAAUGUGCAUUGGUGCCUUGUAUUUACCUGGUUGAUUUAUAUUUAUUUCAAUGGAGCUACCAAAUCAUGCUUCUUGUGGAAGAAAAUUCUGCUCAGUUACAGCUCUGACAAUCCUUUCUUGUUCUUGUUGGCAUUCCUAUAGAAUGUCCAAUAAAUGGAUGAAGGCUUUAUGCAGUUUGGCAUGUUAGCUUCUUAUUCUGAAUUAGAUCUUUGGAACAAUUUGAAAGAAACUCUUUUAACUUUUAUGCUGUGGGAAUGCGCAUUUAUAAU